UAGUCUGCUAGGUCUACUACACAAGUGUGUGUAAGGUUAGGCCUAGGUAAAAAAAAAUGUUAUCUUUAUUUCUCACACGUAAGACAUCUAACAAAUGUUUAUUAAAUUACUUCUAAACUAAAGUCGCGAAUGCCAUGGCUUCAAGAACUGUUUCAAAAGUAUAUGUUGCAAGUAAAAUCAGUCAAUUACUUGAUGUAGCAUCAACAUUAUUAAAGAAUUCUGUGGAUGUGUCUUCAUGCAAGUGCGACCAAAAAACAGUGGCGUUGGAAGAGCUUGAACUUAUCGAUGCAAGUAUUUCUAAGGAACAGCUUCACCAGAUUCCAGAAAUAGAAUUCCUCUUUGCUGAUCCAAGUAUUAUCGGACAAAUAUUAUCACAUGCUAACAAUAAGCUUAAAUGGGCUCAAUGUACAUAUGCAGGUUUAGAGCCCAUCAUUCAAGCUAUAAGAAAAUAUGAGACAAUGCCAGAUGUCUUGAUCAGCAGACAUACUGAUGGACUGGGCCAGUCUAUGGCAGAGUAUGUGAUCGGACAAAUUAUUUCCAGAGAAAGAAGCUUUCCUUCUAUGAUAAAACUACAGGAGAAAUCCUCUUUUGAUUUCUCUCAACUUAGCAUUUAUCGAAAUCUAGAUGCCGUAUCUAUAGGAAUACUAGGAUUGGGUACCAUUGGAUGUAAAGUUGCGCACAUGUGUAAAUCUUUGGGCAUGACUGUCUGGGCAACUGUGAGAGAUGAAAGAUAUAACUCUGGAGGAGCAGUUAAUGAAAAUGUGCAUGCGUUCAGACCUCUUUCCCGUAUUAAUGAAAUGCUGGAAAAUGUGGAUUAUUUUGUGAACAUUUUACCCAGUGCUCCCCAGACAAGAGGGUUGUUAAGUGGGGAUGUACUUAAAGCUUGUGAAAAGAAGAAAACAGUUUUCAUUAACAUAGGUCGUGGUAAUAUCAUUGAUGAUGAGAGCUUGAUAUGUGCAUUAGAGGAAGGAUGGUUGGGCGGUGCUAUUCUGGACGUAUUCAACACGGAGCCUCUACCUCCCUCUAGUCCGUUAUGGAAGUUGCCAGGUGUUGUGAUAACACCACACAUCAGUGGCUGUACUGAUCCUAAUAAGGUAUCUAAAACAUUCAUUAAAAAUAUUGUUUUAUACGAGGAGGGUAAAACAUUAAUUAAUCAGGUGGAUCUGAGUUGUGACUAUUAAACAUUUUCAUCAUUAACUAAGUUGCAGAUAACCAUUGUUUUAGUAUCUAUGAUCUAAAUGGAGAAAAUUGGAAAUCUUACACUUGAAGUUAUUGGUCCCAUUGUGAUUGUUAGUAACUGAUAUGUAUAAACAUGUACUUUGUGUAAAGUUAGUUUUAUGUUUAUGAGAUUAGAUUUAUGACUGAAUCAUGUAAGUUUUGUGGGAAAAAAAGUAGUAAGUGAUGUUUUAAGUGUGAAACUGUUUUACAAAAGUUCUAACUUGUUGCCUUAAUUAUAUACAAGAUAUUACUAUUGUAUCUACACAUCAAAUUAGUGAUAUGCUUCUAAAAUGUUUCUCUGCUCCCUUUUUUUAAAAAUGUACCAGUAUUUGUAAGGAAUGAUGUAACCUGCACUAACAUGUAGGCUUACCUAUGGUGUCGUCCAUAA